AUGAUCAGGAGGUUUAAGGGCAACUCCACUACUGAUCAAACCAAUCCUGUGGAGUCUCAAAACGACAUUGUUUUUUGGGAUGUAUCCUCAGUUUUGAAGGAUUCUUCUUCUGAUGGCUUCUGGACUCUUGCUGAUGCUAGGCUUCCUAAUGUUAAACCACCCCAAAAAGUGAAUUUUGCUUCAGGGGACAUUAUAGAACAGACCACUUUUCGGCAGCCUGUUGAAGUACCUCAAGAUAAGCUUCUAGGUGGCCUUCUUCCAGCAGGAUUAGAUGAAAAGUCAUGCCUUAGUAGGUAUCAAUCAGUCUUAUAUCGCAAAAAAAAUAUACAUCAGCCUUCUUCUCAUCUCAUCUCUAGGUUACGAAACUAUGAAUCACAGCAUAAACGAUGUGGACCAUACACGGAGUCCUACAACAGAACCUUGAAAUAUCUUAACUCUAACCAAUACAACAGUUCCACAGGCUGCAAUUAUGUUGUCUGGCUUUCCUUCAGUGGUUUAGGAAACAGAAUACUCUCUUUGGCAUCUGCUUUCCUUUAUGCACUCCUCACAAAUAGAGUUCUACUUGUUGAUCGUGGAUUAGACAUUCCAGAUCUUUUCUGCGAACCAUUUCCAGAUGUAUCAUGGUUACUUCCCUCUGAUUUCCCACUUACGGAUAAGUUCAGUAGCUUCAAUCAGAAAUCUCCUGAGAGUUAUGGGAAUAUGCUGAAAAAUAAUGUGUUUGCCAAUUCAGUUAGUUCUUCACUGCCAGCAUAUGUCUAUCUCCAUCUAGUUCAUGACUAUGAUGAACAUGACAAGCUUUUCUUCUGUGAUCAAGAUCAAACUGUUCUCCGGCAAGUACCUUGGCUGAUUUUGAAAACAGAUAAUUAUUUUAUCCCUUCUCUUUUUCUGAUCCCAUCUUUUGAGCAAGAAUUACAUAAUCUCUUUCCAGAGAAAGGAACUGUCUUGCAUCAUUUAUGCCGGUAUCUCUUAAAUCCAACAAACUCUGUUUGGGGGCUGAUCACUAGGUAUUACAAUGCUUAUUUAGCCACAGCAGAUGAAAAGAUAGGCAUACAAAUAAGAGUCUUUGAAGCAGGUCCUGGUCCAUAUCAGUAUGUGUCAGAUCAGAUUUUGGCUUGUGUGAUCAAGGAGAAUCUGCUACCACAAAUCAAUAAGAACCUACCUAUCAUCAAUCCACCUGGAAAACCAAAGAUUAAAGCUGUGCUAAUCACAUCUUUGAGUUCUGGAUACUUUGAGGCACUGAGAAACAUGUACUGGGAACAUCCAACUAUCACAGGAGAAAUCAUUGAACUAUUUCAGCCAAGUCAUGAAGUGUAUCAACAAACCGAGAAGCAGAUGCACAAUAGGAAAGCAUGGGCAGAAAUGUACCUGCUGAGCUUGAUGGAUAAGUUGGUCACAAGCUCAUGGUCAACCUUCGGUUAUGUUGCUCAAAGUCUUGGAGGAUUGAGACCAUGGAUUCUUUACAAGGUCGAGAAUCAGACGGCUCCGGAUCCACCUUGUCAGCGUGCUUUGUCGAUGGAACCUUGUUUCCAUGCCCCACCUUUUUAUGAUUGCAAAAGAAAAAUGGGGACUGACACAGGAAAAAUUGUUCCUAAUGUGCAACAUUGUGAAGAUAUGAGCUGGGGUCUUAAACUUUUUGACGGAUAAAGGGU